AUGUUCUUACUUCAAGCAUGGUUGGAUCACGUCUCUACGGUUCUUCGCGGACGAUCAGUGGAUUCGGGCUCCGGUCUCUUUUUUGCAACUCUAUUCCUCGGAGUAAGCAAUUAUAUCCUAGCUGGAAGCUUCAAUCAAACUUCAAUCUCUAACAUCAGCUUUAGUUCGAGGUGUCUUUUGUCUACUUCUUUGCUAAUGUCAUUUACAAUCUUUACCUCCACCCCCUUGCCCAUUUUCCAGGGCCUUUUCUAGCUCGGUCAACUUUGGUAAGGAGAAGCAUACUUCCAUUUCACAUAAGUCCAUAAAUGGAAUUUGAUCCCACUAAUGUUCAAGGUAGUUAUGGAGAGCUUGGCACACUAUGGGUGGGAAGUGGCACUUUGUGAGCCGCAAAGUACACGAUAAAUAUGGUGAAGCCACAACUUGACAAGAAUAACUAUCCGUGCUCUGAGAAAAACUCGGGCUAACUCUCAAUCAUCCUAGGCGACAUCGUGCGCGUGUCACCCAAUGAACUUUCCUGCGGCUCCUUAGAAUCCUGGAAAGAGAUAUACGGACAACCUGCCAAUAGCCCCAAGAACAUGCUCAAAGCAGAUUUCUACGAUAUCUAUGGCUCUGCAUAUAAGUCACGAUGUAUUUUGUCGGAGAGAGAUCCACAAGUGCAUACUCGGAUGUACAAAUCACUCGCUCCCGUGUUCUCAACGAAAGCGUUGGUGGAUCAAGAGGAGAUUGUGCAGUCCUGCUUGGAUGGGUUUCUACAGGUAUUAGGAGACGAUGGAUCCAAACCGGAAGGCUUAAAUAUGAUGAGGUGGUAUGAGAUGUUGACGUUUGAUGUCCUAGGAGAAAUGGCCUUUGGAGAAUCAUUCGAAUCUGUGAAGAACAGUAUGAUGGCCCAUCAAGUUGUCAUUCGAAAAGAGAGUUAACGCAAUAUCAUAGAGAAACAACAUCCUUGGGAAGAGCUGUUCCCACGUUACGUGUUUUGGCUUACAGUGUUCGAUAAUUUGCGCCGCUCUCGGAUUCUCUCGUUUAUUGGACAGAAACUCCUACCGAGCCUUACUUUUGCGGUACGCGAUCAACAUUCUCAGUUUAGUCGUGAUAAGGUCGCUCUGUAAGUUAUAAUUUGGAAACAUUAUAAACUUGGAGCAGACUGGCUGAUCAUUACUUCGUGAGAACAGACGACUUGAACGAACAUCCGCUAGAAAAGACUUCUUUACCAGUUUCGUGGAGAAGGUGGAAAAUGGAGAAGUGAGCCGAGAAGAAUUGACAGCACAUUCUGCAACGCUAGUGUUUGUUGUCCAUCUAAUUCUUCCCUGCCUCGAAGUUUUGUAUACUGUGAUAGCUCUGAUUUAUUACUACAGCAUUGCGGGAGCUGAGACUACAGCAACUUUUCUUGCGACCGUGACUUUUCAUCUCUUGACCAACCCGACAGUCUACCGAAAUCUUCGUAAUGAGAUCCGUCAAAGUUUCACGAGUGCUUCUGAAAUAAAUGCCACAGCGGCUCAAGAAUUACCUUACUUGCAGGCCGUGGUGUCUGAAGGUCUUCGACGUUAUCCACCCGCGCCCUUUGGAUUACCGCGUGUGAGUCCUGGAGCUAUGGUGGCUGGUAGAUAUGUUCCUGCUGUGUAAGUCUUUCUUCAGAAAUUCAUAUUGUAACAAUAUAUAUAAGGAGGAACAUUAUAUAUUGAUAUUGAGCUCUACUUGUCUACAGGUCGAAAUUUACAUAAAUCCCCACGUUACAGCUCACGAUCCACGCUACUUCAAAAGAUCCUUUCGACUUUAGACCCGAACGAUGGUUAGAUCCGAACAAUACUGAUAAGAAAGAUGCUAGCCAACUUUUCUCAACUGGAUCUCGGACGUGUAUGGGCAAAAAGUAA